AAGGUUUGUUCGGCUGCUUCCAUGGUUUUAACUACAAACUUUCUUCCAAAUUCCCCAUCAAAUUUCCCAGGAAAAAUCAAAAUGUCUUCUUUAGGCACUUCAAAGGGUGUUCUUGAAAUAGCCAAAUUUGGCCUUUAUGUUACGAUCCCCAUCGUUCUUAUGUACACUUUCGCCAACAACACUAAGAAUCUCCAGAAAUUCAUGGGAAAUCGAUCCUAUGUAGUGUAUCCUCCGGAGGGACCAAGGCCUCCAUCACCUGAGGAGUUGAGAGAGAUGGCCCGGGAGCUCGCUCGGAAGAAAAAUAAUCAUUGAGGCUCUUUAGGGCUAUGGACUGUGACUUUUGCUGGCAUGUCCCAUCUCAAACAUCAUAAUACACCUAAACUGGAAAAAAUGUGAGAUGUACCAUUAUGUGUAUUCCGGCAUCGUUGUCAAGGACGACAUGGGUAGUAGCCGAGAGCAAGAUCAGACUCAUGAUUGCUCUUCGAUUUCCAUUAGUUAAGGUUGCUUUCCAUAUUGUCAGAGAAGUUCAAACGGAAGGGAUCAGAUCCCAUUGUAGGUUCAGACACCUCUGGACGGAGGUAGAAGGGGCCAUCUGAUUGCCAACAUGACCAGAGAGAUGCCAUGUUGGCCCGUCUUUGUGUAGAAAAAACCAGGCAGCCACUUCUAAAUUGUUAGCUGCAGAUCACAGUGAAACGAGUCAAUACUCUCUUAUCUUAGCAAUGACAGCUAUGUCACUGCAUCACAGCAUUGAAAUUGAGCAUGAUGCAUGAAUUGAAAUGAUAAACUCAAAACAUAAUCAUCCACUUCCUAAAA